CUCCUGCAGAGUCCCGUCAGUCACAGCUCCUCUGGACUUUACUCUGAGCAGCAUCAGGAUCAGGUCUCGGUGGCAUUAACUCAGGAUGGAUAUGAAGCUGUUGGCACUCGUGGCUGCGCUCACCGUGGUGAUAUAUGCGCCUCCAUCACAAGCAAAGCCCAUCAGUCUGGUGGAGAGAUGCUACUGCCGUUCAACAGUCAACAACGUCCCACGAGUCUACAUCCGAGAGCUCAGGUUCAUGCACACGCCCAACUGCCCCUUCCAAGUGAUCGCCAAGCUGAAGUCAAACAAAGAGGUGUGUGUGAACCCAGAGGUCCGGUGGCUGCAGCAGUACCUGAAGAACGCCCUCAACAGGAUGAAGAAAUCCAAACAGGGCAACUAAACACUCCUGCAGAGAUCCUCCUGAGCCAUCACUGAGGGUUUAAACCGUGACAGCUAUGUUACAUCUGAUAUGAGAUCAUCUGGUAUGUUGAACAGCACUUAUCCCGGCCGGCUGCCACGCUGCGGCCUUUUGCAUGGAACGAACCUACAACUCUUCACCGUGAACACCGACCCACCAGCCCCGUCACCGUCCUCACCAUCACCACCAUCACCACUCUCACCAUUUAUAGAGAUCGUAGACGUUAUUAGUGCAAAGUGCAAUUAUAUCUGUGAGUGUAUGUCUUUUUAACUGUAAUGUAUAUACUUUUUUUUGUUAAUGGACAUCAGUAAAGGGCUAUUUUUGGAGAUUUUUUCUCGUCCUUCUGGCCUCUCUGUCAUUUAAGGAAAAGGGUCGGCCCCGGGGUCAAAGUGUUUGAUGGGGGAGCGAUGUAGGUCAGCGGGAGGAUUUUAACCACAACAAACAUUAGUUAACAUCCUUGCAAGUAGCAGAGUCCUGUCAUCUGCUGAAACAGCAUUAUUAUAUCUAAUCCCAAACAUGGGAUCUGCUUAUCCUGAUCGUCUCUGAUUUCAAAUUGAACAAAAUGAACAACAACGUAUAGUUUCUCCUCUGAAAGCGAGCAGAGCCUGCCAAGUCGUAUUUCAUGUUUCAAGUUAAUUGGCACCGUGGAAUUUCAAUGAAUGCCAGCUACCCCCAGACUGAAUAUAAGAUGUAUAAAAGAUCCUAGUAAAAAUGUCUAUUACGCUGUUUUUGUGAUGCAAAUUAGGAUGCCAGAAGAGCUAAAGCAUUUCCUGAGCCGCUCUGUGGCUGUGAUUAUGCGACCCUGCGUUACCAAACAUGCCUGCUUUUUUUUUUUAUCAGCGAAAAGCUGAACAUCUGGAUCCGCAACUGUUUUAAUUGAGCGGCCGGUACGUCGAAAUUUACUGGAACCAUGAAGCUGCGUCGCUUAACAAGAGAACAAAUAGUGACGCUCGCUAAUCACAGUUAGCUGCCUGGUGUAGAAAAAGAUGAACUCAUGUUAGCUGGAAUAAACUGAAAGUCCAUUUCAAAGAAGGGUGUACUGCAAUUUGAACCACAUCAGUAGUUAAAACACAAUGAGCCACAGUAGAGAAAGUAGUAGUACUGUUACUGACAAUAAAUACAUAAAUGUGACUACCUACAACUCUCAUGCAGAUAGCAAUGCACUUUAUAUCUGAUGUAUUCAUGUGUUAAAGACAAAAUUUACUCACCAAGUCUGAUUAUUAAAUUCUGUCUUUUUAUCUUUUAUAUGUUAAUCAUGUUGUUUCCAUUCUGUUCUUUAUUGAUCAUUGAAUGUGUAGCUGCAUUUAACUUGUUAAAGCCGGGGAGAUCAUUUAAAAUCUCCUCGUCACAUGUAAAAUUAAUAUUAUACAAAUGCUUUAUUUUUGUACUCUUUUAUGCAUUCAUAUAUUAAAUCUAAACAUUUAAAAUAAAUGAAGGAACUGUACUCUCACAAUUCAAUCAGCCAAGGUUUUAUUGAAAAACUUGCACACAGUUGGUCUGGGAAAAAAACGGGAAAUCUUUAAAUGUUACGCUUGCUAUUUUAAUGUGUGCCUUCCUACAUAUGUUACAAGGCUUUUCAUUAUAAAUACGCACACUUAUACCCACUGAUGCACACGUACACACAGUCUUCACAUUUAGUGUAAAACAAGCUUUUCCAGAGCCGACACACAGCUGCUAUAAUCCGACUGUAUCAGCGGGUCGGAGGGUAAAUCUGAGGACUUUGAUGUGUGAACAUGUGUUUAGCUUUACCCACAAGGGCAAAUGAAGGGCAAGGACAAUGAUCCCGCCUGUUAUUUAACUAUUAACUCAACAAGGCACCAUUAGGAAAACAUUAGAGUUAAAAGAGAUGAACUUUUAACUUCCCUCUAGGGGCAUCAUGUGAGGCAGAGCACGGUAGUUUUAUGUGAUGAGAGCGGGCCGCUGAUUGAAACAUCGGGGAGAGAUAAAUGGCUGUGAGUGGCAGUCCACAGCCAAUUUAUAUGCAUUUACUGAUUAGCUUUGAAGUCCGGUUUAAGAGGGAUAAAAGCAGAGUCAGCAGUGUGAGAUAAAGCCAUUGAUUUAACCACUCUGGUGCGCCCAUUUGGAGUGGAAAUUAAUCAGAUACAAUCACUGUAUGAACUGAUUGUGUUAAGCUGAUAUCACUGCAGGAAUCUGCAGGUAGCAACAAGUAUUUUCCUCACCAGUAAUGUGAAGAUUGGGCCGCUUGCCUCAUGUGACAUUUUAUCACACAGAGGACAGAAGUGUUAACUAUUUGUACUCUUGAGUAAACCAUUUUUAAAACAUCUGUUCACAUUUCAAUUAGAAUUGCUUGCAUGUCAUCAGUAUUUUUAUUAUAUCCAUUAUCACUGAGCACAAAAACAUACACAUAUGAUAUGUCCUCUAAUGAGCAGCAGUUGUUUGCAAUAGUUCUUAACUCAUUGUGUACUUGGGAUCACUGCCAGCACCAGUUAAACCAUGCAGGCGGUGUAACCGGUGCCAUGAAGCCUGAGGUGUAAUAAAAAGACAUAUUUUAUGUGCAUAUUGCAUUUACCUGUAAAUGUAGGGGAAAAAAAUGCAAGAAAUGUCUGAAUAUGUCAUUAAAAUUGGCUCAUGAGUAUAAAA